AUGAGCCUCGAGCAUGGGCUUCGGGCGCACGACCAACUGCAAAGCCCAGCUUGUUCGCAAGAGAGAGCAUACAGCUGCAGACGACUCGGUGGGCGUGGCGGUUGUGGGGAAAUACUGCCGACAGUGCUGCGCAAAAUGCACAGCGAGAAGCCCGAAGUCUCGCUUGUGCACUGCACAGCUGCGAUUUCACAGUCCAGACGCGACGUACGAACCUGGCCAACAGUGCUUCUUUUAUUUUGGGAUCUCAGUCUUCUGCGGAUGUCUGCAGAUGUAGUACUGUGCACCAGUGCGAUCACAACACUGGAGAGGACUAGCCAGUGGUACAUGGCUCUGCAGGUCUUUGACAGCAUGCCUGCGUUUGCUGUCAGACCAAACGUCAUCAGUCGGAGUAGCCUUAUCACUGCUUUCGACAAGGGUGAGCAUUGGCAGGCGGCAAUCCAUGUGCUGAUAGGAAUGCCAAGCGCAGGCUCUCUCCCAGACCGGAUAUCUUACAACAGUGCAAUCAAUGCGUGCCAGACCGGAGAGGCAUGGGAGACGGCUUGCCAAGUAUUGACCAAGAUGCCGUCUGCCCGGUUGGCGCCAAACCUUAUCAGCUACAACAGCACGGUUGCCACUUGUGAGAAAUCUGGGCAGUGGCAGGCGGCUGUUGAGCUGUUGAGCGACAUGCAACACUCGCAACUACGCUUGGAUGUAAUCAGCUAUAACACUGCGAUCAGCGCUUGUGAGAAAGCAGGAGAAUGGCAGAUUGCCCUUCAUCUCCUGGCUGCUCUGCCGUGCUGCCACUUAGAGCCGGAUGUCAUAAGCUUCAGCGGUGCUAUAAGUGCGUGUCAGAAAGGUGACCAGUGGCAGGCGGCUGUCGAACUGCUUGCUGCGAUGCCCUUGGGGCGAGUAGUGCCAGAUGUGAUCGCGUACAACAGCGCAAUUGCUGCGUGUGAGAAAGGAAAACGGUGGGAGAUGGCAGUUCGUCUACUCUCGGACCUAGUUGCAGCAAAGCUGAAGCCCAGUGUCGUUACAUUCAACAGCGCCAUCAGCGCCUGCGAAACGACAUGGCAAGCUGCAUUACAAGUCCUGAUGGUAAUGCAUACCUGGACGACGAUGCCAGACACGAUCACAUACAACAGCACCAUCAGUGCGGUCUCAAGAGGCGAGUGUUGGCAGCGUUCCUCGGCGAUGCUUAAACAUAUCGCCUCGAGAGCCCUGCGGCGGAAUGUUAUAAGCUACAGUAGUGCCAUGGCUUCCUUCGAGGUCGGAGGGCGGUGGAAAGGGGCCCUCGGCCUGUGCUUGAAGAUGUGUGGAUCAACAGUGCUCCCAAACGUAGUCAGUGGCAGCACCCUCAUCAGCGCCUGUGCGGAAGCAGGCCCCUGGCACAUUGCAUUGAGAUUACAUGCAUCCAUGCACUCAGACUCAGCUGCUGGGCCGAGCAUUGCCAGUUCCAACAGUGCGAUGAGCGCUUGCUUGGCAUCUUUCCACUGGCAAAAUGCCUUGCAACUUCAUGCAGGCAUAUGCCUGCCGGACUCAAGAGUUACGCCAGAUGUGCUGAGUCACGGCAGUGCUGUCAUGGCUUGUGAGAGGGCUUUCCUUCACAAGAAUGCUGCGAAGGUCUUAGCUCAACUGCACGAUAGUUGUUACUGUCUGUGCAACAGCAGAUGA